GUGCUUGCGAGCGUCUCCCGUCAGAGGACGCACCGGAGGACCGGAGCGGCAACAUGGCUGCAGACUACUGGGAGCCAGAGAGACCCGAGAAUCUGUCGGACUGAACCGAGCCAAAGACAACCCGGGACGGACCGGGACAACCCCCCUCCCCGGUGUGGUCUCCAGGCUGGCUGCUCCGCCCCCCUCAGCAUCACGCCCCCCCCGCCCCCCCCCUCAUGGAGAGGAUGAGAAAGAUCAAACGGGAGCUAUCAUUCACCCUGGGGAGGGGAGGGGCCGGGGGAGGGGACCGGACGCUGAGUGACACCGUCAACCAGGAAGUGAAAUCACACAGUGACUCGGAGGUGGCGUCUCUUCGCGGUUCUUCUGGAAGUUUGAAGGUUCGAGCUUCGUCUUCAUCAGUUCAGUCUCUUCUUCAGUCGUACAGCAGCUCGCUGAGGAAACCCGGAGGCCUCGGCCGAAGCCUGAGCUCCUACCUGAACCACACGGCUCGACUGGAGAUUGUCCACGAGGACGUAAAGAUGAGUUCAGAUGGAGAAAGUGAUCCGGCUUCUUCUCUAGACAACGUUCAGAGUCCAGUUAGAGUGAGACUGAGAAACAAGAAGAUCUCCACUGAGGACAUUAACAAACGACUUUCAUUACCGGCCGACAUUCGUCUUCCGGACGGUUAUCUGGAGAAGUUUAAUCUGAUUGGCCCAGCUCUGUUUGAGCAGCCAAUCAGCAGACGGCUGCGUAGAGUGUCUCUGUCAGAGAUUGGUUUUGGGAAACUGGAGACGUACAUCAAACUGGACAAACUGGGAGAGGGGACUUACGCUACAGUGUAUAAAGGUCGCAGUAAACUGACCGAGAACCUCGUGGCCUUGAAGGAGAUUCGAUUGGAACAUGAAGAAGGAGCUCCAUGUACUGCUAUCAGAGAAGUGUCUCUGUUAAAGGAUCUGAAACACGCCAACAUCGUCACGCUUCAUGACAUCAUCCACACGAAGAAGUCCCUCACACUGGUGUUUGAGUAUCUGGACAAAGAUCUGAAACAGUAUCUGGACGACUGUGGAAACGUCAUCAAUAUUCACAACGUCAAACUCUUCCUCUUCCAGUUGUUGAGAGGUUUGUCGUACUGCCAUCGGAGGAAGGUCCUCCACAGAGACCUGAAGCCCCAAAACCUGCUGAUCAACGAGCGAGGGGAGCUCAAACUAGCAGACUUUGGUCUUGCACGAGCAAAAUCAAUCCCAACAAAGACGUAUUCUAAUGAAGUGGUGACGCUCUGGUACCGACCGCCAGACAUCCUGUUGGGCAGCACUAACUACUCCACUCAUAUCGACAUGUGGGGUGUUGGUUGUAUCUUCUAUGAGAUGACGACAGGUCGACCUCUGUUUCCUGGUUCCACAGUGGAGGAGGAGCUUCACUUCAUCUUCAAACUCCUGGGUACUCCCACAGAGCAGAGCUGGUCUGGGAUCAGUUGUAAUGACGAAUUUGUUGCGCACAACUAUCCUCUCUACCGAGCAGAGAGACUGAGUAACCACACUCCCAGGCUCAGCACUGAAGGAGUGGAGCUGCUGUCAAAGUUCCUGCAGUUUGAGGGGAAGAAGCGGAUUUCAGCAGCCGAGUCAAUGAAUCAUCCGUAUUUCAGUAACCUUGGAAACAGAGUGAUGGCGCUCCUCGACACAACGUCCAUCUUCAGUCUGCCAGAAAUUCAACUGGAAAAAGAAGCAGUCAGACCAACAGUCACCUCUGAUCCAGUGAACAGUCCGACCAAGAGGCGUGGCCUGCUACUCUGACAUCACAGUGGAGGCGUGGCCUGCUACUCUGACAUCAUAGUGGAGGCGUGGCCUGCUACUCUGACAUCACAGUGGAGGCGUGUUCUAAUCUUCUGAUAUCUUCAUGGAGGCGUGGUCUGAUCUUCUGACAUCAUCUUGGAGGCGUGGUCUGAUCUUCUGACAUCUUCAUGGAGGCGUGGUCUGAUCUUCUGACAUCAUCUUGGAGACGUGGUCUGAUCUUCUGACAUCAUCUUGGAGGCGGGAUCUAAUCUUCUGACAUCUUCAUGGAGGCGUGGUCUGAUUUUCUGACAUCAUCUUGUAGGCGUGGUGUGAUCUUCUGACAUCUUCAUGGAGGCGUGGUCUGAUCUUCUGACAUCUUCAUGGAGGCGUGGUCUGACCUUCUGACAUCUUCAUGGAGGCGUGGUCUGAUCUUCUGUCAUCUUCAUGGAGGCGUGGUCUGAUCUUCUGACAUCUUCAUGGAGGCGUGGUGUGAUCUUCUGUCAUCUUCAUGGAGGCGUGGUCUGAUCUUCUGUCAUCUUCAUGGAGGCGUGGUCUGAUCUUCUGUCAUCUUCAUGGAGGCGGGUUCAGGAACAAAAAAAACUGAAAACAACAGAGGUGAUGGUGAUUUUUAUCUUCUCUCAAGGAGUAAAACAAGAACAGGGAUUAGAAGAAGAAAUUAUGUUAAUAAGAGAAGAAGAGACAAAAAUGGCAGCUUGCUGUUGAUUAAUGCAAUAAUGGAUCACAACAGCCAUCUGACCAAUCAGCUUCCGAUUCACUUCAGGACAUCACUGGUGAACAGAUGAGUUACAGAUGUUGGAAAUCUGUCUUCCAUUUGCCAAUUCAACACAAAUAACUGUUGAAUAAUACCUGAAGGUAUCCCCUUGUGGACACCUGCAACGUGUGCAGCUCUGUUAGAGUACACUAAUAACUACCUUUGUUUUAUUUUAAAAGCAGAACUAAACCAUCAAAGUUUAGCAUCAGUUCAGACAGGAAGUGCUGCAGACAGGAAGUGCUGCAGACAGGAAGUGCUGCAGACAGGAAGUGCUUCCCACCUGUUUGGUCUUCUGAAUAUGUACUGAAUGUGACUAAAGUAGCAGGAAAGAAUUGGUGAACGUUUUAAUUUUUUUAAAUUCUUAAUAGGUUUGGAGCUGCUGUUUGUGUUCAUGCCACAGUAUUAUAUUUACAACACAGUAUUUGUAGUACAGUAUUGUAUUUACAGUACUACAUUUAAAGUACAGUACUACAUUUACACUUUAAUGUUAUUUCUUAUAAAACAGACUGAAAGUCUUUUGUUUCUAACGGAAAUCUGCAGAAAAGAGUUUUACUAUGUUUUAUUAUCAAAUUGUGAAACUGGUUUCUGCCGUUCUGCAUGUGUGUCGUACACUCAGACUGUAUACUGUAAUAAUGGUCAUAUGCGUAGGAAUACUGUACUUGUAUAUACAGUUCUACUUUAAGUCUGCAGUGAACAGCUGUGAGCGGUUUUCUCCAUGCUCAUCAUUUUGUUUUUAUUCAGAAAUCUGAAGCAGUAGAUGUCAGCAGAGCCUCAGUAACGUCCACUUAUCUGAGACGGGGCGGGGCUUAUCUGAGACGGGGCGGGGCUUCAGCGUGGUUUACAUGUGCGUGAAGGCACAACUUGGCGAUCACGUGACUGUCUCAAAUAUUCACUGAUAAAAACACUAUUUACAUGUCUGAAGAUCAAAUAUAAGAAGAUCCGUUAGUUUUUAGAUGCUUUAGAAACAGGAAGUGCUAAACACAUUUUUAGUCGAAUCAAAUAGUUCACAGGAUGUGGAACCUGUGUUUCUAUACAAUUCAUGUAAUGCUUGAGGCUCGCACUCCUCUGAGACGUGGGCGGGGCUUAUCUUACACUGGGGGCGGGGCUUUGCCGGCAGUUUGAAGUAGUUUUUCUUUUUAAACAUUUUUGAGUAGUUUCUUAGUAUUGUUUGUUGUAUUGUCGGGUUUUUGGAGCACGAAGAUAUUUCAAACAACUGUUUUUAGCGGAAGAGAGAUAUUCGCAAUAGAGAAAUAUCGAUCGGAAUACAAUAGUGAUUGAUCAGUUAAUAAUCGGCUGUAGAAGUGACAAACGUUUGUAUAUGAAUGGUUAGAAAUAUACAGCGGCCAUGAAAAUAAAUCAUAUUGAUUGCUAGUGGAUUAAUGUGUUGCUAAGUAGUCGAACUCUUUGAUGUCCAACUGAAGAUAUGCUUUUGAGUCCUACUCGGAGAGAGGAAACAUUUCCAAAGUGAUAGAAUUAUAGAAAUAUAGAGAAUAUAAACAAGAGGUAACAGCAUUAAUAUAUCGGCAAUCAAAUAUUUAAUCUUUAAUAUAUUUAAUUAUUUAGGUUUAUGUGUGACUUUAAAGUAUCUUUCUGUUGCUCAGCAUGAACAUAUUUAAAUUCUAAUUGUUGGAGAAGGAAAUCAGAGACGGGAUGUCACAGGGGGCGGGGUCACGGGGGGGCGGAGUCAGAGGGAAGCGCUGAUGAUGCCGAAUGUGACUCCAAACUCUUGAUGCGGGCGCUUGUUUAUUAUAGUUUAUUAAUUAUUACAGAUCCUUUUUAGUGUUGUUCCUCAGCUGCUGCUUAAACGUCCUGAAGGUAAAAACUAGACCCUUCUUCAAAGGUCAAAGGUUUUCUGGAUUUAGUUUUCAACAAGAGGAUUUGAUGUGAAACGGUUUGACUCAGACCAGAGGGAUCCAGUUCACUCGGUAGACCUGGUUCAGGAGCAGGUGGCUGAGAUGUGAUGGAUUGAGUCUGUUCUGAAACCAAAGUGUCCCCGCCACACCGGUGACACUCACUACAGGAAGUCCCCCCUACAGGAAGUACGUCUCCCCCCCCCCCCCUACAGGAUCUCCCACUGAGAGGAACCCGGUGGGAGAUCCUGAACCCAGAUGAGAAGUGAUUUCUGUGUUGUCGACACGUGUUCACAUAACGUGUUUCCAGUCUCUGUGCAGUUCCUUCCGAGGGAGGUAGACGGCCCAUGAUUGGUCUGUUGAGAGGACGGCGGGCGUCUCCUUGUAUGUCUGAGCCGGCUGAGACCCCCUGUGGUGCUGCUCCACAUCUCUGACUCUUUAAGUCUGUCCAGCUUUCUUCAUGAUGGUCUGGUUUGAGAUCGUCAGUAAACCUGCAGAGACACUUCAACCAGCAGUUCAUGAAACUAAUGUCCCCCUUGAGACUAAUGUCCCCAUGAGACUAAUGUCCCCUUGAGACUAAUGUCCCCAUGAGACAAGUGUCCCCCUUGAGACUAAUGUCCCCCUUGAAACUAAUGUCCCCCUUGAGACUAAUGCCCCCAUGAGACUAAUGUCCCCUUGAGACAAGUGUCCCCCUUGAGACUAAUGCCCCCUUGAGACUAAUGUACCCUUGAGACUAAUGUCCACCUUGAGAUAAGUGUCCCCCUUGAGACUAAUGCCCCCUUGAGACUAAUGUACCCUUGAGACAAGUGUCCCCCUUGAGACUAAUGCCCCCUUGAGACUAAUGUACCCUUGAGACUAAUGUCCACCUUGAGAUAAGUGUCCCCCUUGAGACUAAUGCCCCCAUGAGACUAAUGUCCCCUUGAGACAAGUGUCCCCCUUGAGACUAAUGCCCCCUUGAGACUAAUGUACCCUUGAGACUAAUGUCCACCUUGAGAUAAGUGUCCCCCUUGAGACUAAUGCCCCCUUGAGACUAAUGUACCCUUGAGACUAAUGUCCACCUUGAGAUAAGUGUCCCCCUUGAGACUAAUGUCCCCUUCAGACUAAUGCCCCUCUUGAGACUAAUGUCCCCUUCAGACUAUUGUCCCCUUCAGACUAUUGUCCCUCUUCAGACUAUUGUCCCUCUUGAGACUAAUGUCCCCUUCCUCUGUUUGGGUUCAGGUUUGUAGUCCACAUGGAUCCAGAUGCCGUUUCCUCUGUUUGGGUUCUGGUUUGUAGUCCACAUGGAUCCAGAUGCCGUUUCCUCUGUUUGGGUUCUGGUUUGUAGUCCACAUGGAUCCAGAUGCCGUUUCCUCUGUUUGGGUUCUGGUUUGUAGUCCACAUGGAUUCAGAUGCCGUUUCCUCUGUUUGGGUUCAGGUUUGUAGUCCACAUGGAUCCAGAUGCCGUUUCCUCUGUUUGGGUUCUGGUUUGUAGUCCACGUGGAUCCAGAUGAUGUUUCCUUUGUUACGGUUCUGGUUUGUAGUCCAUGUGGAUCCAGAUGAUGUUUCCUUUGUUACGGUUCUGGUUUGUAGUCCAUGUGGAUCCAGAUGAUGUUUCCUUUGUUACGGUUCUGGUUUGUAGUCCACGUGGAUCCAGAUGCUGUUUCCUCUGUUUGGGUUCUGGUUUGUAGUCCACGUGGAUCCAGAUGAUGUUUCCUUUGUUACGGUUCUGGUUUGUAGUCCAUGUGGAUCCAGAUGAUGUUUCCUUUGUUACGGUUCUGGUUUGUAGUCCACGUGGAUCCAGAUGCUGUUUCCUCUGUUUGGGUUGACACACACCAAAGUUCUCUGCAAUAUUCUGCAUGAUGGGAUUCUUCCAGAUAACUUCUUUGAAUAUUCUUCCAUCUGCAAAUAAAGCACUGCGAUGUAUCUGAUGCUAUAACUGAUCUGCAUACUUGAAAUAUCAAUGCAAGUAUGGAAAAUGAAUUGUAUCCUUUUACUAUGUACACUUAUGUUGACAACAUGUAUUCUGGAUAUGUUUACAGUCUAUAAAUAUACAUUAAAAAUCUUUAUUUAUU